AUGCAAAUGCCGUUCGACAAAUCUAAACACGAGACGUCCGGUGAGGACAACGUCGACACCCGCAAAUUCGAGUGCACACACCGGGGCUGCGAGUACCGCACCAACAAACGUAGCAACAUGACCCGACACGUCAACGGGAUGCACGGAGACCUACCCACACCGCGACUAUGCUGCGGCCAGGAGUUCGGAAACAUGUUCGCCAUCAAAGAACACCGCAACCUGAUGCACCGCAGGGGCGACAGCGGUCCUCCGAUAUACAAAUGUAAGGAGUGCGCAAAGAUCUUCGAAAGGCAGGGUCUUCUGGCGCGCCACAUGUGCGUGCACACGGGCGAGAAGCCGUUCGAAUGCGACGUCUGCAACUACGGAACGAGCCACAAAAGCAACUUGGAGCGCCACAAGGCUGCCAAACACGAUAACGUGAGAGCGAAGCCAGAUGGUCAGCCUUCGAAUGACAAGAAGAGUUCCUUCAAUGAAGACUCCGGCAUCGGCACUGACUACAGCGCUCACUCCAGGCCUGCCUCCGCAGGGGGCGGGGACGACGUUGCAGAUCAGCGUGGAUGCACCGAGGCUGGGCCCAAACGCACACCACUGAAGCGUCAAGGACCCGGCUGUCCUGCCAAGAACCGUAUCUCGAUCACGGAGACCUUGGAGCAGCAAAUUAAAGACGCUGUCAAGACACCGCAGCCGGUCAAACGCAGGAAGCUCUCGAGCGCCAACCGGAACAUCAUCGCCCACGACCUCCAAGAGGCCGGCCCGAGCGGUGUCCAGGCGGGAGGACGCGGAAAGCAGGACCUGGGUACCCACACCCUGAAUAAUCUUUUAUCUGAGACUGAGUUGCCGCCCAGAAAACGAUACGACGUAGAUGAUGCGGAAUUGGACGCCGCGGAGGGGCUCCUCAUGCUGGAAACUUCACCCUGCCCAAGCAAUGUCCCCACCUAG